CCAUUGGCCACUCACUCCUACAACUCUAUGUAACGGGAAGUGAGAUCACUCUAGGUAAGCACUUUUUCGAAAUCGCACACGACAUGUUUUUACAAGUACGGGCGUGUCAUUCAAACAAUCUGAUGCCAACUGGUGAUGCAACUAGGCGUUACUUCACUGAAUCAGCAAAGUACUAACGAAUUUGAUCAUGAGAUUAGAUACAAAUAGAAGGGUGAGACGAAAGUGGGAAUCAGUAUAGCAUCUCGAGCUGUACGAUACAAUAUGUCUAGAUCAGCUGCAGUAUUAUGGGGUCGACGUCUGCCCACUCUAGAAUACGGUACAAGCAAAGAGCCUCACCACACCGGUACACUGACAUCCACCGUUUCCGGUUCAAAUAUUGGAUCUGAUGUGACGUUUUUUCAAAGUCGAGGUCAUCCAACUGUAACACACAGUAAAAUGGUAAACGGCGGUAACGCAAGCAUUAGAGUGACACGACCGCACGCGUUGCUAGAAGUCGACGCCGUACUUGGAAGAGGUACGGGAUUUCCGUUGUCUGUAAUGAACGACAAGUGGGAGCUAGCCAUAAUUCAAACAAUGGAAUCAAACGACGACAAACGAUACUACGGAGCCACCAACAGAAGCAAAGACUUUUACUUUACUUGUCGAGUGCGCGACAACCGUAAGUUUCCGAUCCUAGACAUGAUAACGUCACCAUCAGAUCAAACUGCACCCGCCGGAGAUCCCAGUUACAGUGUUACAGCAAUGGCAUCCUUCGAUCCGCAUGAGAUCGGCUCCACCGCGUCUGAUUCGAUACACGGAGCAACUAGUGGCACAAUAUACGCACAAUUUGAGCCUUCUGUUGAAGCCCGAUGUGUCAUCCCUUUUAGUGAACAUCCGGACACUUUCAGGAGUCACGGCUUAACUGCUCCUCGCUACUAUCUGACGGAAAUUGAAAAGAAAGCUACGGUUCGUACAUGGAUAUCUACGAGAGAUAAAACGACUAAAGAUGUCUAUCCAUUGAUGAUGUUAGAAAGGAGUUUCGAGUUUGUUUUGCAAGUAAAAGUGAAUGACGAGACGGGAAACGAUAUCAGUGAUCGUUUUGUGGAUAUCUCUCCUAACGUGUCUUUACCAACGGUUUACUUGGACGGAGACGGUCGGUGUCUUCCUAUUCCUUCGUUUCCUCGCGCUGCUGUAAGACCGGGCACCGAUGGCAAGUAUUUCGUCGCAAACGAUGCAUUUUCAUGGACGACGGUCUUCCUCUGAUUGACACAAACCAUUACAAUCAUUAUUGUUGUUUCUGUGCAAUGCACAGCAAGUCCAUCGUGAAGUUAUGACAAUACUAAAGCUUUGUGCGUAGAUUGAAAUUGUCUAAAUUUAUCAGAAAACGUCUAUUUGCGUCUAGAGUUGUUAAAAUGAGUAGAAGAGUAGUUUUUGAAUUGUGCUCGCAUAGCAAGAUUUGCAAGGUAUAACAAAUCAUUAGUGUCGUAUUCUGAUUAAAACAUAUGAAAUGCAAACCUCUCAUAGUUUACACUGUUUCCCUGUUGAAAUUCAAUUAAUUAAAUUUAAAAACUUAUAGUAGUGGAAAGUAUUUGCCGGGUAGUU